UAUUACUACUGAAUUGCCUUUGAAUUUGAUUAUUAGUUAAUAAAACCGAGAUUAAAAGGGUUACAUAGUCUCACGGGAAAUAAAUAAAGAAGCACGAUACAAUCUUGCUCCAAUGAAGGGUUCUCGGUUUUCGAAAGGAGGCGUCCACGUGACAGAGCAAAGCAGCAACACACAGUUCCUUCUGGUUAAACACUCGGCGCUGUAGAACAAGCAGGGCAGAGACUCGUCGAGGGAAGAAAAAAGAUUUCCAAACUUGAACAUUCUCCUCGUUUUUCCCGACAUCGCACACGAUGGAAGGUUAUGCGCUGUCUGAAGAUGAGCUGUUUUCCUCCUGUCUUCACAACUUCACCUGGGAAAAUGCACACGACCAGUGUGCUGCCUUGGUUGGUGAAGACCAGCCUCUCUGCCCUGACCUUCCAGAACUUGACCUAUCAGAAUUAGAUGUCAGUGACCUGGAUGCAGAUAGUUUUCUGGGUGGACUCAAGUGGUACAGUGACCAAUCAGAAAUCAUUUCCAAUCAGUAUGGCAAUGAAGCAUCAAACCUGUUUGAGAAGAUAGAUGAUGAAAAUGAGGCCAACUUGCUGGCAGUGCUCACAGAGACCCUGGACAGCAUCCCGGUGGACGAGGACGGAUUGCCUUCCUUCGAGGCCCUGGCAGAUGGGGACGUGACCAAUGCCAGCGACCAGAGCUGUCCCUCCACGCCCGACGGCUCCCCCCCUACCCCGGAAACCGAGGAGCCGUCUCUGCUGAAGAAACUCCUGCUGGCACCUGCUAACUCACAGCUCAGCUAUAAUCAAUACACAGGUGGCAAGACACAAAACCAUGCAGCCAGCAACCACAGGAACAGACCAACACCUGCUGUCGUCAAGACGGAGAACCCCUGGACCUGCAAACCGAGGGGAGCCUGUUCGCAGCAGGCCAGGCCAGUGAGACGCCCCUGCACUGAGCUGCUCAAGUACCUCACGUCCGGCGCCGACGCCCUGCACACCGAAGCCUGCGAGGCCAAGAGCGCCCGGGGGGGCGGCGGCAGCCGAGACAAAAGCGGAGGUGUUUGCCCUUCCUCUUCCUCGUCUUCCGCCUCGCCGUCGUCAUCCUCCACCUCCUCCUUCUCCUCCCUGUCCUCCUCCUCCUCUUCCUCGUCCUCUUCCAAGAAGAAGCCGGCUCCCUCCUCCCUGUCGCUCCAGCCGCAGCCGCACCAGCCGCAGCAGCCGCAGCAGCAGCAGCAGCCAGCGCAGUCGCAGUCGCAGUCGCUGUCCCAGCCGCAGCAGCAGCCGCAGCCGCAGCCGCAGCAGCAGACCCAGCGAGCCAAACCAACCACCUUGCCACUUCCUUUGACCCCAGAGUCUCCAAAUGACCACAAGGGAUCACCAUUUGAGAACAAAUCCAUUGAACGCACAUUGAGUGUGGAGCUAUCUGGAACUCCAGGUCUGACACCACCGACCACGCCUCCUCACAAAGCCAGUCAAGAGAAUCCUUUCAAAACAUCGAUCAAAAGCAAGCUGUCCUCAUGCACCUCCUCGCCCCCGGCGAAAAAAGCCCGCCUGGAGGAGCCCCCCUCCUGCGCCCUGAAGAGGGGCCCCGAGCAGACUGAGCUGUACGCCCAGCUGAGCAAGGUGCCCGCCCUGCCCCUGGGGGGGCCGGAGGAGUGCAAGGGCAAGCGCGGCGCCCCCCGCGCUUUCGGCGACCACGACUAUUGCCAGUUCAUGAGCACAAAGCGCCACCUCUCCCUGGGCCUCCCGCUCGGCUGUCUGGACGGCAGGCACGCGGAAUGCUGGGACGCGACCGCGCCUCCUUCCUCCUCCUCCUCCUCCUUCUUCUCGUCUUCCGCCUCCUCAUCUUCCUCCCGCCCUUGCUCUCUGGCGGGACAGUUGCGGGGCGUUUCCUCUGUGGAGCACGAGCCCGCCCCGAACCGGGACGGGCAGCGCCAGGGUCAAGCUCCACAGGCCAGGCCGCCGGCCGACGGCGGCGAAUCUGGCAGGAGGAAGCCGCUCCGCGACCAAGAGAUCAGGGCGGAACUCAACAAGCACUUUGGUCACCCCAAGCAAGCCAUUUACAGCGAGGACAAGCCGGCGGGGGCCCCGGGGCCCGAGGAGAGCGACUCCGGGGACGAGUAUUACCGCAAGCUGCCGGGGUACGUGCACCCGGGCCUGCCCUUGGACGGCGUCCUGGAGGACAGCGAGGACGAGCACGAGCGCUUCCUCUUCCCCUGGGAGGGCUCCCACCUGGACCUGCUCCUGCAGGGCUCCCCGUCCUGCUCCCCGUCCAGCUGCUCCCCGUCGCGGAGCUCCGUCUCCCCGCCCGCCUCGCUCUUCUCCUCCUCCCAGCGCUUCCACUGGCCCAGCGCCGCCUCCCGGUCCCGGUCCCGGUCCGCGUCGUUCCGCCGGCGGCGCUCCCUCUCGCGGUCCCCCUUCUCCCGCUCGCGCUCCAGGUCCCCCUGCAGCCGCUCCGCUUCACGGUCUCCUCAGCAUGUGGACUCCAGCACGUGCAAGUCCAGGGCUCCCAAAAGCCCACACACACAGUCCAGGUCCCACUCUCGAUCCCCUUUCAGUCGCAGGCCAAGGUACGACAGCUACGAGGAAUACCAGCACGAGCGCCUCAAGAGGGAGGAGCACCGCCGCGACUACGAGAAGCGGGAGUUCGAGCGGGCCGAGCAGCGGGAGAGGCAGAGGCAAAAAGCAAUAGAGGAGAGACGGGUGGUGUAUGUGGGGAGGCUCCGAUCCGACAGCACUCGAACUGAGCUCAAGAGGCGCUUUGAAGUCUUUGGCGAAAUCGAGGAGUGCGCUGUAAACCUGAGAGACGACGGGGACAAUUUUGGCUUCAUCACCUACCGCUACACUUGUGACGCCUUCGCUGCUCUUGAGAACGGACACACCUUGCGCAGGUCUAAUGAGCCUCAGUUUGAGCUCUGCUUUGGUGGAAGAAAGCAGUUUUGCAAGUCAAAUUACACAGACUUGGACUCCCAUUCUGAUGACUUUGAUCCCGCCUCCACUAAAAGCAAGUAUGACUCCAUGGAUUUUGACAGCUUGCUACGGGAGGCCCAGCGCAGCCUGAGAAGGUAACCAGCGUCACACCUGCCAUCUACAGAGGGGAUUCGCUAUACCUCACAGAUGUUCCUUUGACUACGAGACUAACUACCAGAAGUUUUACACUCUAUGUAUGAAAAAAGAUAAUAUAUAAAUAAAAUAUAGAUAUAUAAAAGUAAAGUUUACAUGAACAUAGCUGCUGAAAAGCUGAAGGGAGAAGACAUUAUGAAUGGGGAUUCUCUUCCCAACUGGGCACAUUCACUCUGUGUGUGCUUUACCCUGUACUGUCUAAUGGAUAAUCUUCCUUGUUUUAAUACACUAGCGGUUCUUUUACUGGUGAAAACGUGCAGCUUGUUCAGUUAUUUUUGUUUGUUUGUUUGUUUGUUUGUUGUAUUUUUUUUAGUCUGAUGUUUGGAUGUGGUGUUACAUUAAUAAUAAGCAUUGGGGGAAAGGCUAUAUGUGGGUGUCCAAGAUUGAUUGUUGUCUACUUUUUGGCAAAACUGUAGUCACGUAUUUACAGAUAUUAUUAAAUGGAGUAUUUUUAUUUUGUGUACAUAUCUGACAAAGUUCUUUAUUUGUUACAGCUAUGCACUGUAAAAUGCAGCCUUCUUUUUAAAUGAUGCUGAAAUUUUCUUAAUUAAGAAUGUUGUAGUUAAAAUGACGUUUAAAAAAAAAAACACUGUACACCUGACGUUUAGAUGACGUGAUAUGAUUGUAAAAAUGCAUAUGAAGAUGGGCUGUUCUUUUGGGGAGCACCUGAACAGAUUUCUUUUUUAAAGUUUAUUUUGGUGAAACGAAUAUUGUUACCCAUGUAUAGUUUUAUCUGUUUUUAAAGUUUCUCAAUCAGUGUUUUCCUUAUACAACCAAUGUAAUAUACAUUUUUAACGUGUUUUUUCAUGAUUGUAUAUAAGAACUUCCUUUUGCAUUUUUUUUCUUAAUUCUAAAAUGAUCUAUAGCCAUCCCUUUUUUCAGUCGGAUUACUCAUUCUCACUGUACACCAAUGAUUUGUUUUUCUCAGACCACUUUUAUGGAAAACAGGCUCUUCUGUUAAACAGAACAUUAAUUUUCCCUAUUUUUUCUGAACACUAUUUAUCUAUUUAUUUGAAUUAAGAUAUUUAUACAGUCUCCAUCACACAUGGAGUAUGUACUGUAGCACACUAUUUAUUCAAUUAUUUAAUUUUGUUAAAUCAGUGGGGAAGGUGGGUACACAGUGAACUAAUGUUAUCAUUAAAAGAUUUUCUAAGCCUUUCAGAAAUAAUCAAAUGAUUUAAAUAAUUAUUCAACUUUAUAAAACAUGCUGCUCCUAGUUUGUGAUUUAUUUCAAUAAAACCUGCUGUCCCCUACUAUAAAAAAUUAAAUCCCAAGUCAUGUCUCAUUUUUCUAAUUAAAUCAUCAUAAAGCAAUAAAAUAAUUUAACAGGUACUUUACUGACCUAUUCUAAUCUGCAACUAUUCCACACAUGCUUGAUUAUGUGAAUGCCAAACAAAGGUUUACAUUUUUUUUCUUGGAUUUUUAAAUCUUGUAUUUGUUGUAAAAAUAAAUAAAUAAUUUAAAAAAGAAUAAUAAUAUACUAUUGACUCUUCAUAAUAAGAAUUGUUUGAAAAACAUAAAUAAGAAUAAUAAAAAAAAACAUUAAAAAGAAGCAAUAAAUUAUUUUUCAAAAAUUGUAUUUUAGCUCAUAAUGUUGUGUCGUUUUGGACCAGACUCAUUACCCAGCUGCUCACAGAAUGUCUACUCCUGGGUCUCAGCACACUAUCUUUUCCUGACUUUGGCUGGAUGAUAAUGAUGAUGAUGAUAAUAAUAAUAAUAAUAAUAAUAAUACAUAUUUAAACUGUGUAUUUUGUGAGUGCAUGUCAGAGAGAAAAAGAGACAGAUGUCACAAGUUAACUUUUGUACUUGUACUGUAUACUCAACAGUACUUUUCCUUUGUAAGCAAAGUCAGCAUAACUCCUAAAGCAAACCAAAUGCAUAUCUAACUAUACCUAUAUGCUGAUCUGCUGUACUGAGAAAAUAACGUACGGUAUAUUUUUGGCCCAUCUCCAUUUGCUGAGCUGUGAAGUGCAGAUACCAUGGCACCAUCAGAGUGGCCUGAAAGGUAACCUUGUGAUUUCUGGUUCAAUUAAGGUCCCAUUUAUACAGAGAACCAGGCAAUGACAAUACCAGCUAAUAUCAGACAAGGUGGACAUCUUUCGUCUUGAAGCUUGUUGUUCACUGGCCGGCUGUCGAGAAAUAUGGUUGCAUAGAUGAAACUGUUCAUUUUAAAGAGACAAAGUCAGUUAAAAUAAAAGAGGGGAAAAUUUUACCUGUUUAUAUCUUUUAUCUGUAUAGAGCGUGGGUAAUGGUGUCAUGUCCCAUUUGGUAUAUGUGGCUUUAAUCAUUGUAAUAUAAAAUCUGCUUUGUAAAUUGCCUAGAGUAGCAAUAUAAUAUAACUCCUGAUGAUUCUAAAUUUGAACUGCGUGGCAGACCUUUUAAUAAUGUGAAUUACAGAGGAAUAUGGCACUGCUUUAACGUUGUGGGUGAUCAUGUUUCUUUUGGAAGGACAAUACACGGGGAUUUGUGUUGUCUGUCUGUGUCCUAUCCACGUUGCCUUCUGCCAACUCCUUACCAAUGCCUUUGUGGUUCUACCUAUUGUAUGAAUUUCUUGUGAAUUUUAUUUUUUAUGUGCAAUUCUCAUCAGCGUCACCAAGCCAAUAAAGGGAAACAUUUCAAAGAAA